GAUCGGGACGUUUUGAUUAUAAGCCUUCUUCGUGCAAACCUGACCAUCACGAUCUAAAGUGGCAGUGAAAAGAUCGAAAGACAAACGAUAGCAUUUAUCAGCCUCAGUUGUUCCUCAAGACACUGAAAUUAGCCUCGCUGGUAAGUACAUUGUGUCAUAAUGUAAUUUAGUUGUUUCUGUAGCGGUCCAGGACUUGCUAAUUUUGAAACUGAAACCAAACUUCUACGUACUUUUGGACAACAGCAAGAAAUAGAAAAUUUGUCUUCAAUCUCGAGAUUGAUAAAGGAUCACAAACCUUCUUGUCGGUUUAGUCAUUGCGUAUGUUUUGAUGUUGGGAAAGUUUUGCGAAUCUAUGUCUAAGAGAACACUAUAGAAACAAACUGACAAAAACCAACUCCGCAUUCGAUCAGAGAUCUUUUCGAAUUCACCGUUGUCCAUAAACAUUUUCCCCUAAUUUUGAAACCUCAUACACUCUUAGCUGGCGGUCUAUUUUGAUGAAGAAAUCAUAAGUUACGUGUUAUUGCUGAAGAUUUUGAACUUUAUACUGAAUUGUUCGUUCGGGAGUUUUUCCUCCGGUGAAAGGCUCCCAAUUUUGAACUUUUUCCUUGUUUGCUCCAAUAAUUGUUUGAAUGCAGUUCUAAAGAAAAAUUUGAGCAGGACAUUCUAGAAGAAGACAUGUGAAUAUGGUUGACCAAUGUUGAAGAGUAUACUCCAAUUACUUAAAAUAUCACACCCGACACAAUCGCCAGAUUUAGUAUUUUCUUGGAGUUGUCUUUUGUGUGCUUUGUAUUCAGAGAGGGAUUACGGAAUGGUGUGGAGGUAAACCUCCUUGCCCCUCUCCCCACAACCCACUCCUGCCGAUUCGAGACUUUCUUAAGAUAUUGCCUUAAGGACACACUCAACGGAUCAGCGCACAAAUGUGACGUUUGCGGUUAUCGACGCCAUCCAAACAGACGCAAUGUCAUUGGAUAAUUAUUCGUUAGGGUCACAAGACAGUGGUUUCGCUAUCGUGUUCUGUUUACGAGUUGAAGGCUGGUUGCGCAUGAAGCAUUUUUGUUUGUUGUCUUGUCUGGUUGUUGCAGAAUUUCCCACUUCGAUAAGGAAAAUCUCUGCGGAGAGCUGGUUCGACAACCAAUAGGACAAUAUCGUUCCGCUUUCUUGCGAUUAUUUAAGAUCCAUACAAUAUCCGUACUUUCUACGUUCAAUCGAUCACGAUCUUUUGUUACAAGAUAGUGAUUCUAUUUAUCUGCUAUUACAACAGAAUUACACGCCUGAACUAUGUAAAACCAAGAUUGACAUCAGUUAUUUGAAGUUUUUCCCAAGAAAAUUCCUUAUCGGAUUAUUUGAGACCAUUAUUGAUUGUCUAUAUCACUUCUGCUGUGCGCAAUCUGAACAUUCUUGCUACAUGUCUGUCAUUACUAUGCUAAGCUCAAUUAUACAUCUAAAUCUUAAGUAACCCUGAGCUUAAUUGCUGAAUUAGAAAUUAAAGCAUCACGCGAUACGCUUACAAGAUUGUCGCCACACUGGCUGAAAUUUUGACGCUUGUACGGAAAUCAAAACUAACUGUUGUACUUGUUAAAAAGGCUGUUUAAAUUUAAUUUGUUAUCCGUACUUCUGCUCCGAAAAGGACUUUGAUCGAAAUAUUCUUGGACAUAAUUUAAAUUCGAUUGUUGUAGUAAUCACGCCAGGCACGCGUGCCCGAAGGUUGCCUCUUCAUCCGCUUUUUUCUUGAGUUAGGGAUGUUAGAAUGGUGUCUAUAUUAAUACCCUCGCCCCCGCCCCCGCCCCGCCCCCCCACCCCACCCCACUUUCGCUGAUAGGGAAGUUUUCUAGAUAACUACCCACUGAACUGGGGAAGGGGACAUAUUCCAUGCUCUACGGUGAGGAACUCCUUCGUUCUCCUCAUUUUAGUAAUUCAGUCCUUGUUCAUGCUGAAAAAGGACUUUGAUCUAAACAUUCUGUAACAGAACAAUGAAACAUUGUUGGCCUCUGUUUAAGAAUUCACAUUUUCAUAUCCAAGAGGAAAUAAAUUAUCUUGUCUCAACUGACGCAACCCUACUCAGUAAAGUAAUUACUUUAGCGAAUCAAGAGAAAUGGCCCAUUGGAUGACAUCAUAUUCAUUUGAUCAACGCCUUCUCCAUUAAAAGUUUCUCGAGGUUUUUUUCUUGUAAAUUAAGAUCUUCUGGAUGAGCCCCCUCUCAAGUGAGCCACGAAUUGUGUACACUUUUGUAGGGCGAAAGAAGUUUGAACAAUAAUCUUGACUAAUGCAUAGUACCUGUAGGGUGCAAACUUUAAGGCUUGUGAGAUCUCUUGUGUGGGAGAUAGAGAAGGAAAAAAAUUAGCAGCAAAGAAAACAAAUUCUCUUCGCUAAGUGUCUUUUUAAAUCAUGUUCCGAAUGUCAGUAUUCCAUAGAAUUAUACCUGUUAAUUCCAAUAGAAAUCCUUUUUCCAGCCAGUUUUCAUCAAAAAUUCCGUUUCGUUUUUCAUUAUUCCUUUAUUACGCAUGACCAGCUGCGAAUGUAAUCCUUGACUGAUUACGGUCACAUAGACCGUGGACAGAAAGUAAACAUUUUUCGGAAUACUUGCAAAAGAAACCUUGAGGAACAGAAACUCAGUAAUUGUGGCAGCACUUGAUGCAGAAGGCGCAGGAUGGCUGCUUCCGCCGGAAGGAGUCCAGAAUUUCUAACAGCGUAUUUAAAAAGUUUUGAUACCCAUUAAAUUAUUGGGCCAAAGCGCUUCAAAUGUCUGUGUCAUUUUGUGAUCGGAAGUGAAAGACCGAAAAUAACAACAGACUACACUUAAUACUUGUUAAUUUAAAAAAUAACUUACAUGUUGCCCCUGCGUUUGUUCAUUAAGAAAUCACAGAUGACGUCAAAAUGUGAUAAGAACAAAGAAAAGGCACACUGAUGUUUUUACCACAUUUGUGACGUCAUCUGUGAUCUAUUAUCAUAAAGAACCCAGGCAACAUGGAUUCUAUUUGUUUUGUACAAUAAAUGCAUUUGUCCUCCAAUAGAUCUUAGGUAAGAACCAAACACAGUGCCUGCGUUUUUUGCUUAUGAUAAAAAAAAAGAACCUACAGAUAAUUUUGCUGCUUGAGCAGCUUUAAAAGCACGUGAUUCUAAAUUGUUCAACCUUUGAUUGCAGACAGUUCAAGUAUUCCCAAGUUUUGUCAAACUUCUAGAACGGUAUGUAUCAUUUAACUCACUGAUUCGAAAGUAAGUUCCAAGUAACCUUUUAAAGGGAAGUUGCGUGACAUGUGACUCACGCAGUCACGGUUAGGUUAAGAUUGAAAUAGGAGAGGUGAUAAUUAGAGUGAUAGGUUUGAGGAGAGAGCGUUGGAAGUUUGUGACGUGGUGAACGUUAAUGAUAAACAAUGAAAGAAUUUGACGACUGAGAGUAAAGUGUACCCUACAGGUUCGGUACACUUUUCCUCUAAAUUUAUUUUUGUUUCCGAUCUCUAGCUUCACAGUAAUCAUUCCUUUCCUUUCGCCGAGAAACCACGGGUUACGAUAGCACGUAAAUUAAAGUUAACUGUCACGUGUGGUGUGUAUCAUCAUCAUCAUUAUCAUCAUCAUCGCUCGUUGGGCCAGUAAGUGCAUAAGGCCGUCACAUUGUCCGCCCAACCCCCCUGUUGCGUGCCGCCGCCCCAGCCACAAUCCAGCUCUUCCAUAUCGUCUUGCCUUUUUCCUCUUUCAACAGUCCCUCUCAACCGGGCCUUUAGUCUCCCUCUCGCCCUUCGACAUUCUGGUGUCCACCCCAAUACCGCAAAAAAGUCGUUCAUACACUUUCUCCUGAGUACGUGUCCUAAACAGCUCCACCUUCUUCUUCCCACCUCCCAGCUAAUUUUAUUGGUGUCUGCCAUUUAAACUACUCUCCUGUUUGUCAUUAUUUGCUGCCAUCUUGUCCUCAGUAUCCGUCUUAGGCAUUAGUACUAAAAACUGUUCAGUUUUCUUUCAACGGUCUUUGUGAUCUUCCAGGUUUCACAACCAUGUAGCGGGACCGGCCGAACUAAAGUCUUGAAUAGGCAUAUCAUGGCUCUCUUUCCUAUUCCUCUGGCUACCCACUCCUUCCAUAGCCUCUGGAAUGCACCUCGUGCCUUCUGCAUUCUGUUCCUAAUAUCUUCACUUCCUCCACCUUUCUUUUCUACAAUAGCUCCAAGAUACGCAAACUCCUCGACAUCUUUCACUUCUUCACUAUUUACCACAAUGCUCUCCCUGUUCCUUACAAACUCAGUCCUCAGUGUCUUGCUAUUGUCUUCCUCAUGAUCCAACCCAUGGCCAGUAGGAAUAAGAAUCCUGACAUUACGUAUCCCUGCUUUACUCCUGACUAAAUCUUGAACCAGUCUGAUAUCUCAAAUCCAUCGAUUACGGUCCACUCUCACCAUCUUGUGCGGUAUUCCAUAACUCCCCAUGAUGUUCCACAAUCUUUCUCCGUGUACCGAAUCGAGGGCUUUUUUCAAAGUUCCCAAAGUGCGUGUGCAGACUCGCCCUCCAGUCGUUUGCCUGCUCUAAGAUGUUUUUUUAAUGUAAAGAUCUGUUCAGUUGUAUUUCCAUUUGGUCUAAAGCCAGCCUGCUCUUUUUUAAGCUUCUUGUCUAUACCUUUUUUGAUCCGUUCUAGCAGCAUCCUGUGGAAUAUUUUGCUGAUGAUGGGUAGCAAAGUCACUCCUCUCCAAUUGUUACAAUCACGGAAAUCACCUUUCUUGAAUAUACUGACAACAAGUUCCUUCUUACACACUUCUGGCCACCAUUAACUUUUCUAAAGCCCGUUAUAUCAUCUAGUCAGCCUACUUGCGGUGUAUUCCAUGUCAGCCCUCAGUAGGCUGGGCCCACUUCAUCUACUCCAGCUCCCCUGGCUUUGUCUUCCUCAACGUAUCCUUAACCUCUUGUAUUCGCCAUCUUCAUUAUCACUUUAUAAACAAAGAUUUUAUUUGAGACGAAUUAAUUGCCUUCCAGAUUGAGUCGAUCACCUUGUACAUUCAUUUCUUGACGGCAUAAACACUCGUUUUCUGAUGGCAUCUCUUGACAGUUGCCGCAAGAGCAACACUCGCGAUAUCCAAGACGUGAGCGCGAAGAUGUUUCUUCUUGUAUCUCUUCCUGAGUUUCUUCGUCAACAGAGAUUUCUUCUUCUCCUGAAGAUGAGCUAUGUUGCGGCUCAAACAUGAAUGGACGAAUUACACCGUCUGGAUUAAGAUCCAAGUCGAGAAUUGAGUAGUUAUCGCUCUCUUUGCCGCUGUUUUAUAUGUUUUCAUCCAUCUUAGUCGAGAUUACAACGCUUGACUAUUGCUACGUCAUAGAUACGUCAUAACAAAGAUGACGGAUUUUAAUUCAAAAAUGUCAAUUUUUUAAACGUAAUUUCUGUCAACAAACAAACUUUAAGCUCAAAUGAAUUGCCAGUUAAGAAAAAACAAGUCAGAAUAUUUUGAUUUAGGCAAAUUUUUUCUAGACCGUACUGCCCCUUUAAUGGUCCUCAUGCCGAUUGGCAUCCAUUCCAUUAAGGCUCUCUUUGCCCUCACACUCAUCGUGAUAGUGACUCCUCCUUGUUAUGGCCCCAGUAGUAACACCCCCGGUUUGAGUGGUAUUGUCGAUGCAUCCGGUUUCUGUAACAUUCAGGUCAACUGUGUCUCGCAAAAAUACCCAUCGUGGAGCCAAGUGAGUACUGAAAGAAAAAAACAAAUUAACAAAUAAGGAAGCAGGAAGAUGGUUUCUUUCACACAUAAAUCGUAUCCCUGUUGCUUUGAACACUUUUCCGUAUUAUACUAACAUUUAAGUUAUGAGUGACAGUGAAUCUUUAUCACUCUCUUUUCCUCCCUUCUAUUUGCCUCUGACUCCAUCGAGCAAAUUGUUUUGAAAGAGAGAGUUUUUCAAUUGCCCUUAAUUCCUCUCUAGAAUAUAAUUGACAUGUAUCAGCGAAAAUAUCUUGGUAGGUAAAUAAAUAUUCACACCAAGUACCACAAAACCGUUAAAGGAUCAGCAAAAGUAUAGCGACCUACUCACAUAACCGAAUUGGGUACUAACAUAACUAUGGUUUUAAUAGGAUAUAACGGAUAAUGGCCACUGGGUUGAAGUACACCACAGAGCAACUGAAUUACUACAGGAUUUGUUACGUUGUCACUGACAUACUAACUGAGGGUCUGCGAACCAUCUUCAAACAAGAAUGGGACAAUCGAUACAAGACAACACUGGGGGAAUGGAAAGAUCAACCCAAAAAUGGAAUGGACUUCUGGAAUGGCGAGUCUACUCGAAACAGAAAAAGAAACGCUGGGCUGUUGUCAACCAUGAAGAAUGGCGAUAGAGCUGAAUGGGAUUGUACCAUGCUGUUUUACGCUAUCCUGUAUUCAGAUUGCAUAUAUUCACUCAAUCCAUCAGUUAGAUCAAAUGUGGACGACCUAAGGAAAUUUCGAAAUGAAGAAUUUGCACAUAUGCGACGGGGCCACCUCUCCAACGGAGAUUUCCAAAUUGUUAUUACAAAGGUUAAAACUGCAUUCCACGCACUCGGUCUCCCGACAUUGAAAAUCAAUGAAGUUCAAAAUCAGACAAACUUCUUAACAGAGGAGUUAGACGAGGUUUUAAGGAAGGUGGACGACUUGAAACAAGAAGUUAACAAGAAGGAAAAGGAAGUUCUAGAAAAGGACAAGGAAGUUCAACAAAAAGAAGAACAGAGGCUUGCCUUAGAAGAGCAAUUACAUUCCGAUAUCUCUCCAUUUUGCAUUCUCCCUCCCAAACCUAGCCACGACAUCGCUCCUCGGGAAUCUGAAGUUGGUGAAGUUUUACAAAACCUCCAGACACUAAAAGACGCCAAUGAUGGGUUGAGCAUACUGUAUUUGUCAGGAAAUCCAGGAAGUGGAAAAUCUCAGCUGGCCCGUUUAGCAGCCAAGCGAUUUUACGACGAGGUCGAACAAAUACCUUCCGCAGCUUCAUUUGUCAUGACGUUGAAUGCUGAAAACUCAGAAGCACUUUUGAAAUCGUAUGUCCUUUUCGCUCAACAUUGCAAAUGUCCCGGGUAUGAAAUAACAAACACUUACCGCUCCAAGGAUUUGAACACAGACGAGAAGAUUUCAUAUUUCAAGACCUUAAUAAGUACAAAAGUUAAGCAUUACGCUUCAUGGCUGUUGGUAGUUGAUAAUGUGACCAGCGAAUCUCGUACAAGCGACUAUUUGCCAGAUGCAGACAGCAAGUUGUGGGCAAGGGGUCAGAUGCUAAUAACAACACGAGACACUGCGUCUAUACCGUUGUCAAGCUCUUCCAUACGAAAUAUCUCACUCAGCGCUGGAAUGCAUCCUGAUGAUGCAUACUUUCUGCUGAACCUCCUCACUGGAACCACGGAUGGCGAGAUUAUAAAAGAAACUGCGAAAGUACUCGACUACCAGCCACUUGCCUUGGCAGGCGCAGCUACGUAUGUAAGACAAGUUCGUCAGAAUAAAGCAACCUCGAAGUUUGGCUGGACCGACUAUUUAAAGAAAUUGGAAAUGGGGAAACGAAGUGCUACUGAAAACAUUCUUGCUGAGACAAAUCCAUGCUAUUCAAAGUCCAUGACCAAAGCAAUAACACUCGCCGUCGAAAAGGCGAUGACAGAUGACAUAAUUUGGCAUCGCACGUUCCUUUUUCUCUCAAUGUGUGCAUCACAGCCGAUCCUGCAAGACAUUAUUACCGAGUAUAUCAAAGCUGAUGACGAUUUUGAAGAUGAAGAUAUGAUAAGAACAAGGAUGAGUCGAUGUUCACUGUUGCUAAUUGAAGAAGAAUCAACUGGUGUUUAUAUUCGAGUCCAUGGUGUGGUUCUUGAUGUUAUUAAAUCUGCGACAAAAGGUUUCGCAAAGGAUCAAAGCUACAAAGUGGUGUAUGGCGCGGUAAUGUCUUUCUCAAAAUUUGAAGAGCUAGAAUCUAUUUUUGUGGCAACAAGAAUAGUUCCCCAUCUUCAAACGUUGAGCUUAAAAAUUGAAGACAUGUCACUCGGGAAAGGAAUACCAGAAGCGACCAAAAGAGCCUUGUGUAAUUUUCUGGAUGGCCUUUGGAGCCUUAAUAACAUGUGCCUAAACCAUAGUGAGUUUAGAGCGGCGCUAGUCUAUGGUAAAUGGCUGUUAAAAAUUCAGAUGAAACAACUGGGACCUGAGCAUGUUGAUGUUGCAGGCUCUUACAACAAUCUGGGUACUUUACAUAAUGCUCUGGGCGACACAGAUGAAGCAAAAGACUACUAUAAGCGUGCACUGGAAAUUCUUCUGAAAAAGCUGGGACCUGAGCAUGUUGAUGUUGCACGCUCUUACAACAAUCUGGGUACUUUACAUAAGGCUCUGGGCGACACAGAUGAAGCAAAAGACUGCUAUAAGCGUGCACUGGAGAUUAAGAUGAAACAGCUGGGACCUGAGCAUGUUGAUGUUGCAAGCUCUUACAACAAUCUGGGUGCUUUACACAGUGAUCUGGGCGACACAGAUGAAGCAAAAGACUGCUAUAAGCGUGCACUGGAGAUUAAGAUGAAACAGCUGGGACCUGAGCAUGUUGAUGUUGCAAGCUCUUACAACAAUCUGGGUAAUUUACACAGUGGUCUGGGCGACACAGAUGAAGCAAAAGACUGCCAUAAGCGUGCACUGGAGAUUCGUCUGAAACAGCUGGGACCUGAGCAUGUUGAUGUUGCAAGCUCUUACAACAAUCUGGGUACUUUACACAAGGCUCUGGGCGACACAGAUGAAGCAAAAGACUGCUAUAAGCGUGCACUGGAGAUUCGUCUGAAAAAACUUGGACCUGAGCAUGUUGAUGUUGCAAGCUCUUACAACAAUCUGGGUACUUUACAUAUGGCUCUGGGCGACACAGAUGAAGCAAAAGACUGCUAUAAGCGUGCACUGGAGAUUCGUCUGAAGAAGCAGGGACCUGAGCAUGUUGAUGUUGCAGGCUCUUACAACAAUCUGGGUACUUUACAUAAGGCUCUGGGCGACACAGAUGAAGCAAAAGACUGCUAUAAGCGUGCACUGGAGAUUAGUCUGAAAAAGCUUGGACCUGAGCAUGUUGAUGUUGCAAGCUCUUACAACAAUCUGGGUACUUUACAUAUGGCUCUGGGCGACACAGAUGAAGCAAAAGACUGCUAUAAGCGUGCACUGGAGAUUCGUCUGAAAAAGCAGGGACCUGAGCAUGUUGAUGUUGCAAGCUCUUACAACAAUCUGGGUACUUUACAUAAGGCUCUGGGCGACACAGAUGAAGCAAAAGACUGCUAUAAGCGUGCACUGGAGAUUCGUCUGAAAAAGCAGGGACCUGAGCAUGUUGAUGUUGCAGGCUCUUACAACAAUCUGGGUACUUUACAUAAGGCUCUGGGCGACACAGAUGAAGCAAAAGACUGCUAUAAGCGUGCACUGGAGAUUAAGAGGAAACAGCUGGGACCUGAGCAUGUUGAUGUUGCAAGGUGUUACAAUAAUCUGGGUACUUUACAUAAGGCUCUGGGCGACAUAGAUGAAGCAAAAGACUGCUAUAAGCGUGCACUGGAGAUUAAGAGGAAACAGCUGGGAACUGGGCAUGUUGAUGUUGCAAGCUCUUACAACAAUCUGGGUAAUUUACAUAAGGCUCUCGGCGACACAGAUGAAGCAAAAGACUGCUAUAAACGUGCACUGGAGAUUCGUCUGAAAAAGCUGGGACCUGAGCAUGUUGAUGUUGCAAGGUGUUACAACAAUCUGGGUACUUUACAUAAGGCUCUGGGCAAUACAGAUGAAGCAAAAGACUACUAUAAGGGUGCACUGGAAAUUCUUCUGAAAAAGCUGGGACCUGAGCAUGUUCAUGUUGCACGCUCUUACAACAAUCUGGGAACUUUACAUAAGGCUCUGGGCGACACAGAUGAAGCAAAAGACUGCUAUAAACGUGCACUGGAGAUAAAGAUGAAACAGCUGGGACCUGAGCAUGUUGAUGUUGCAAGCUCUUACAACAAUCUGGGUAAUUUACACAGUGAUCUGGGCGACACAGAUGAAGCAAAAGACUGCUAUAAGCGUGCACUGGAGAUUGAGAUGAAACAGCUGGGACCUGAGCAUGUUGAUGUUGCAAGCUCUUACAACAAUCUGGGUAAUUUACACAGUGAUCUGGGCAACACAGAUGAAGCAAAAGAUUGCUAUAGGCGUGCACUGGAGAUUCGUCUGAAACAGCUGGGACCUGAGCACGUUGAUGUUGCAAGCUCUUACAACAAUCUGGGUACUUUACAUAAGGCUCUGGGCGACACAGAUGUAGCAAAAGACUGCUAUAAGCGUGCACUGGAGAUUCGUCUGAUACAGCUGGGACCUGAGCACGUUGAUGUUGCAAGCUCUUACAACAAUCUGGGUAAUUUACACAGUGAUCUGGGCGACACAGAUGAAGCAAAAGACUGCCAUAAGCGUGCGCUGGAGAUUCGUCUGAAAAAGCAGGGACCUGAGCAUGUUGAUGUUGCAAGCUCUUACAACAAUCUGGGUACUUUACAUAAGACUCUGGGCGACACAGAUGAAGCAAAAGACUGCUAUAAGCGUGCACUGGAGAUUAAGAUGAAACAGCUGGGACCUGAGCAUGUUGAUGUUGCAAGCUCUUACAACAAUCUGGGCAAUUUACACAGUGAUCUGGGCGACACAGAUGAAGCAAAAGACUGCUAUAAGCGUGCACUGGAGAUUAAGAUGAAACGGCUGGGACCUGAGCAUGUUGAUGUUGCAAGGUGUUACAACAAUCUGGGUAAUUUACACAGUGACCUGGGCGACACAGAUGAAGCAAAAGACUGCUAUAAGCGUGCACUGGAGAUUCGUCUGAAACAGCUGGGACCUGAGCAUGUUGACGUUGCAAGCUCGUACAACAAUCUGGGUAAUUUACACAGUAAUAUGGGCGACACAGAUGAAGCAAAAGACUGCUAUAAGCGUGCACUGGAGAUUCGUCUGAAAAAGCAAGGACCUGAGCACGUUGAUGUUGCAAGCUCUUACAACAAUCUGGGUACUUUACAUAAGACUCUGGGCGACACAGAUGAAGCAAAAGACUGCUAUAAGCGUGCACUGGAGAUUAAGAGGAAACAGCUGGGACCUGAGCAUGUUGAUGUUGCAAGCUCUUACAACAAUCUGGGUAAUUUACACAGUGACCUGGGCGACACAGAUGAAGCAAAAGACUGCUAUAAGCGUGCACUGGAGAUUAAGAGGAAACAGCUGGGACCUGAGCAUGUUGAUGUUGCAGGCUCUUACAACAAUCUGGGUACUUUACAUAAGGCUCUGGGCGACACAGAUGAAGCAAAAGACUGCUAUAAGCGUGCACUGGAGAUGAAGAUGAAACAGCUGGGACCCGAGCAUGUUGAUGUUGCAAGCUCUUACAACAAUCUGGGUACUUUACACAGUGAUCUGGGCGACACAUAUGAAGGAAAAGACUGCUAUAACCGUGCACUGGAGAUUAAGAUGAAACAGCUGGGACCUGAGCAUGUUGAUGUUGCAAGCUCUUACAACAAUCUAGGUACUCUUCACAGUGAUCUGGGCGACACAGAUGAAGCAAAAGACUGCUAUAAGCGUGCACUGGAGAUUCGUCCGAAACAGCUGGGACCUGAGCAUGUUGAUGUUGCAAGGUGUUACAAUAAUCUGGGUACCUUACAUAAGGCUCUGGGCGACACAGAUGAAGCAAAAGACUGCUAUAAGCGUGCACUGGAGACUAAGAUGGAACAGCUGGGACCUGAGCAUGUUGAUGUUGCAAGGUGUUACAAUAAUCUGGGUACUUUACAUAAGGCUCUGGGCGACACAGAUGAAGCAAAAGACUGCUAUAAGCGUGCACUGGAGAUUCGUCUGAAAACGCUGGGACCUGAGCAUGUUGAUGUUGCAAGCUCUUACAACAAUCUGGGUACUUUACAUAAGGCUCUGGGCGACACAGAUGAAGCAAAAGACUGCUAUAAACGUGCAGUGGAGAUUCGUCUGAAAAAGCUGGGACCUAAGCAUGUUGAUGUUGCAAGCUCUUACAACAAUCUGGGUAAUUUACACAGUGAUCUGGGCGACACAGAUGAAGCAAAAGACUGCUUUAGCCGUGCACUGGAGACUCGUCUGAAAAAGCUGGGACCUGAGCAUGUUGAUGUUGCAAGGUGUUACAACAAUCUGGGUAAUUUACACAGUGAUCUGGGCGACACAGAUGAAGCAAAAGACUGCUAUAAGUGUGCACUGGGGAUUCGUCUGAAACAGCUGGGACCUGAGCAUGUUGAUGUUGCAAGCUCUUACAACAAUCUGGGUACUUUACAUAAGGCUCUGGGCGACACAGAUGAAGCAAAAGACUGCUAUAAGCGUGCACUGGAGAUUCGUCUGAAACAGCUGGGACCUGAGCAUGUUGAUGUUGCAAGCUCUUACAACAAUCUGGGUAAUUUACACAGUGAUCUGGGCGACACAGAUGAAGCAAAAGACUGCUAUAAGCGUGCAGUGGAGAUUAAGAUGAAACAGCUGGGACCUGAGCAUGUUGAUGUUGCAAGGUGUUACAACAAUCUGGGUACUUUGCAUAAGGCUCUGGGCGACACAGAUGAAGCAAAAGACUGCUAUAAGCGUGCACUGAAGAUUCGUCUUAAAAAGCUGGGACCUGAUCAUGUUGAUGUUGCAAGCUCUUACAACAAUCUGGGUACUUUACAUAAGGCUCUGGGCGACACAGAUGAAGCAAAAGACUGCUAUAAGCGUGCAGUGGAGAUUCGUCUGAAAAAGCUUGGACCUGAGCAUGUUGAUGUUGCAAGCUCUUACAACAAUCUGGGUAAUUUACACAGUGAUCUGGGCGACACAGAUGAAGCAAAAUACUGCUACGAGCGUGCACUGGUAAUUUAUACCUUCAAGUAUGGUCAAGAACAUUCA